AUGUCUCAGAAAUACAUCAAAGGCAAUGUUGCAGUCAUGCCCCAAGAAUCUGUGCAACUGAGACAAGUGCUACCUCCUUCUCGACAUGAGAUUUCUGAUGCUAUGUGUGCUUUGUUUGUUGGUUGGAAAGUGAAACCUACCAGAGAAAAUGUUGCAUCUUUGAAGCCUGUUCUUGUGUCAAAGCAACGUGUACAAACCUCUGCUCCGCAAUGUGAUGCCCACCUUGAUACUUUGCUAAUAGAUACUGUUGGAUAUGCGGCGGGGGACUAUACUCCUAAAGACUACAAGCUAAUGAAAGCACAGUCAUUAUCACAAGUACUUGAUGGCGGAAAUUUUUUGAAAAUGCAAUCAGGUUCUCAGUUCAUCAAUGACAGAGACCAGGGAUUAAUGAGUUACCUAUUUCCUCACUUGGAUCCCUGGGGAAUAGGAGGCUUCAACGAACCGAAUCACCGUCCUGAUUAG